CAGAGCUCAAGUCACCAAAGAAUGCCCGGGAUCAAUUUGGCCUGUGCUCAUUGUGGGUCUAUACCUUCUUGGGGUUGUGGCAGCACCAACAAACCCUGAAAGUCUUGGGGUGCCAUGUGGAUCUGCCUCACAAUGAGUUAUCUGAGACCCUGCACCGUGUCACAUUUUAGCUCUUGUCUGCCCAAUGAGCCUGUAGGACAUACACACACGCCCCAAGGCCUGCUAGUGCCUGAUUUUUGAUGUCACAAUCUGACUUUGGAUAUUAAGUUGACCACAGCUGCUCACAAACUAGAUGGCAGGUGGAAGAGGACAAGUACAAUAAGAUGUGGAAGAGAAUUGACCAUCAACCUAAAAUCAAAGCAGGGGAUGGACCUCAGGUAGGUCAAUUCGAGACAUUGAAUUCAGCUCCCGAGUCUGCUGCGUCACAUCCCCUAGAGUUGUCAGAAUUUCAGAGCUUUCCAGUGUUCAAGGACAUUAGUCGUCACAUCAAAGAAGUGGGGGCCCAACUGGUGAAGAAAGUCAAUGCCAUCUUUCAGCUGGAUAUCACCAAAGAUGGAAAGACCAUUCUGCAAUGGACCGUCGACCUAAAGAAUGGGCAGGGGGACAUGUAUCCAGGAUCGGCAAGGCUCCCAGCAGACACGGUCUUCACCAUUCCAGAGCCCAUCUUUAUGGAGUUGGUUUGGGGCAGACUGAAUCCUCAGAGGGCAUUCCUUGCUGGCAAAUUCAAAGUGAGUGGCAAAGUGCUGCUUGGCCAGAAGCUGGAAAAAGUUUUCAAAGACUGGAUUAAACUUUGAGCAUACAAAACU